UUGAGCACCAGGGACAGCGCCCUGCCCGCCGAUGGUAAGAAAAUAGCAGAAGAAGAGGUCCCAUUGCAGGGUCAAAACCAGAGCACAGAGAAGAAACAAGGACUAGGCGAGAAAACGGCGGCGCGGUACCAGGGAGAGAGGGAGAGCUCAGCGAAAGCGAGCUGAGCACAGACAAGGAAGGCAAAUCGUGUCUGGCCAAGAGACAAAGAAAAGACAGAAGCAGGGCAGCAGCAGUAGAAGCAGCAGAGCUCAGUACAGCAAAAGACAGACAGUACAAUAGCAGAAACAGAAUGGUAUCUGCAGAGUCGAAAACGGUGUCCAUUGCGCCAUUGGUGCUUCUCUCGGUGGUGGAUCACUACGAGAGAAUCGUGAGGUCGUCAGAGAGCUCGGUGGUGUCAAGCAAGAAGCGGGUUGUCGGGGUGAUUCUAGGAGACAGCUCCGACCACAGCACGGUAAGGGUGUCGAACUCGUUUGCGAUACCGUACGAGGAGGACGAGACCAACCCGAACAUCUGGUUUUUAGACCACAACUACAUAGACUCGAUGAUGGAGAUGUUCAAGAAGAUCAACGCGAAGGAGAAGUUGAUUGGAUGGUAUCACUCGGGCCCAAAGUUGAGGCAGAACGACUUGCGGAUCAACGAGGUGUUCAAGACGUUUACGCCUAACCCGCUCUUGCUGAUUGUGGACGUGAACUCCACGGACAAGAUCGAUAUCCCCACAGACUGCUACAUGGCCAUCGAGGAAAUCAAGGAGGACGGCUCUGCAAGCGAAAAGACGUUCUUGCACUACCCGUCGAUCAUUGAGGCGGAGGAGGCCGAGGAAAUCGGCGUCGAACAUCUCUUGCGGGACAUCCGGGACGAGAACAGGGGGAACUUGACCAUUGCUCUCUCGAACAACUUCAAGUCCUUGAAGUCGCUCAACGAAAGACUCUCGAGCAUUGUCAAAUACCUGGGCAAGCUCAUUUCGGGCGAGCUGCCUAUCAACAGCACGAUUCUCGGCAAGCUGCAGGACAUCUUCAACCUCCUCCCUAACAUAUCACAAAUCACCGACGUCCAGACGGGCAAUGCCCAUCAGGUCGACGCCCAGAUAUAUUCCCACGAAAAGAGAUUGGCUACUGCGUUUAAUGUGAAGACAAACGACGAGUUGAUGAUCUUGUACGUGAGCAGUCUGGUGAGAUCGAUCAUCGCCUUCCACGACCUGAUAAGCAACAAGAUCGAAAACAGAAAGAGAAAUGAAACUACCAGCACGGAGGAGCCAGUGGAGGAGACCACUGCCAAGGAUGGAGCCGACGCAGAGGCAGCCCCAGGCAGCAACACCCCUGCCACCGACAAGGAAACUCCUUCCUCUUCCAAAAACGCCAAGGAUGGAAAGCAACAGUAACGACGAAUCUGUCAAAACCUAGCACCUCAUUGUAUCUCUUCUGUGUAGCACGUAGAACCACUAAUAACCAUUACAUGUCAAAACCCUGCUGGCAUGGCCCCUAUGCUGGCUCAUGCGCUGUUGUAUAUCCCGUAUGCACCCUUUUAUCAUUCCGACCG